UCAUCAGAACGCGGCAAGAACCCUGCCUCGAUUCAUCGACUCAGCUCACCCUCAACUCAUUGCUUCCUGACUUGUCCAAAAAGAAAAAAGAAGCCCUCCUAUAUACUCCCACACCAAGAAAACUAGACAUCAUCACAUCAAAUCGAAGAUAAGAGAGUGAAAGCUUGAAAAAAUGUUCAGGAAUCAAUACGACACAGACGUUACCACAUGGAGUCCUGCGGGUCGAUUGUUCCAGGUAGAGUACGCGAUGGAGGCAGUGAAGCAAGGAUCAGCGGCGAUUGGACUCCGAUCUAAGACUCACGUGGUUCUUGCAUGCGUUAACAAAGCCAACUCCGAACUCUCCUCUCACCAGAAGAAGAUUUUUAAGGUCGAUGACCAUAUCGGUGUCGCCAUCGCUGGACUCACCGCUGACGGCCGUGUUUUGUCUCGGUACAUGCGAACUGAAUGCAUUAAUUACAGUUUCAAUUACGAGUCUCCUCUUCCUGUUGGUCGCCUCGUCGUUCAGCUUGCGGAUAAGGCUCAGGUCUGUACCCAACGUUCAUGGAAACGACCUUACGGUGUUGGUCUGCUAGUAGGUGGCACAGAUGAAUCUGGAGCUCACCUCUAUUACAAUUGCCCCAGUGGGAACUACUUUGAAUACCAGGCCUUUGCAAUAGGAUCCCGCUCACAAGCUGCAAAGACAUACUUGGAACGCAGAUUUGAGAAUUUUAUGGACUCUUCAAGGGAUGAUCUGAUCAAGGACGCUCUCAUUGCAGUUAGGGAAACCUUGCAAGGAGAAACAUUAAAGAGUUCCAUCUGCACGGUUGCUGUGGUAGGAGUUGACGAGGCAUUCCAUAUACUGGAUCAGGAAACCGUCCAACAGUUGAUUAAUGCAUUUGAGAUUGUGGGAGAGACGGAGGCUGGUGCUGCUGAGGAGGAGGGCACCGCUGCUGAGGAGGGUGCUGCUGCUCAUCAGGAUGCGGCUCCAAUGGACAUAUGAUGAUGCAAGAAACAAGCGGCUUCUCUUUCCUAGUCUUGGAUGUUUUCUAGCUUGUGUAUUCUGAAUUUAUUCAAAAAUGAAAGGCGAUCUGGAAGACAUCUUUUUGUUGGAUUCUCGUUUCCCAUGCAAUUUAACUUUGCAUCACUUGCGCAACAUAUGUUAUGCUGGCCUUGGCGUGCUUAUCAUUUAUGAAUUAUGAUCUCA